AUGAUUCCGCCAAAAAUUGAAGAUGAAGAUGUUCAUGUUGAUGAAGAUGAUGAUCAAAAUGAGGAUAAUGAUCCGAACGGGGUAAGAACUUCUAAUAAAUAAUUAACAGCAGGAAACAACAAUUUACGGCAAAACGGAAACCAAUUUCUUAUUUGCCCAAUUUACUACCCAAAUUUUUCUGAGCCUCAAAUUUUCUGAAAAUUUGCGGAGUAGAUUGAAACAAAUAAUUUUAUUUAAUCUCACUAUUUUUGAACCUUGUCGAUUUUAGUCCCACGAAGAGAGAAGAGAGAGUUUUAAAACUUCGACAAAACUCUGUGAACUAUUUUUAUUUAGAUCGAGGAAGAAGAUGAUAAUAUGAAUUUACUCGAUGACGACGAUGAUGAUGAAAAUGUUAUUGAAAUUGAUCUGAAGGCACAAGGAAUAUCAACAACAACUUCAACGAAUGAAGAAAAAACACCAUUACAAGGAGUUCUUAAAAGUACAACAGAUAGUGUUUCUUGGAAACAUGAAGUUGAUCGAGUUGCUCCAAUGCUUAAAAUAACAAUUCGACAAGAUGCAAAAGAUUGGCGAUUACAUUUGGAGCAAAUGAAUAAUAUGCAUAAAAUUGUUGAGCAAAAAGUUUCACAAAUUGAGCCAUAUUUAGAUAAUAUGUCAAAAGAUAUUGCAAAAAGUUUGGAACGAAUAACAACAAGAGAAAAAACAUUGAAUACACAAUUAUCAUCGCAAAUGAGCAAAUUUCGAGGAGCUCAAGAUAAAAGAGCAGAGUUGACUGAAAAAUAUAAGUGAGUUUUGAGUCAAUUUGUACAGUAAUCUAAUUUUAUUUCGAAACAUUUUUUCAGAACAGCUUCAGUUGGUGUAAGUUCUCGAACUGAAACUCUUGAAAGAAUCAGCGAAGAUAUUGAACAAUUGAAACAACAAAUCGAGGAACAAGGCGCAAAAUCAAAUGAUGGUGCACCUUUAGUUAAAAUAAAACAAGCUGUCACAAAACUCGAAGAAGAAUUGGAAAAAAUGAAUGUUCAAAUUGGAGUUUUAGAACAAUCAAUUUUAAAUACUCAUUUAAGAGAUCGAUAUGCUUUUAGUACUGAUUUACUUAAUAUUUUCUAA